AUGCCUGCAAAAGUGCUCGUGCUGGGCACCUGUGACACCAAACUCCAAGAGCUGCUAUUCUUGAAGAAAUGCAUCCGACGCGACGGCGCCGCUGAAGCAAUCCUGCUCGAUGUCGGAAGGGAAAACAUCGACCACGAAGAAAUCACAAUCUCCCAAGCACAGCUCGUCAGGGACCAUGGUGAUGGGAAGACUACGUCUGACUUGCCGAGAAGCGAGCUCAUCAGGUUCAUGGCCGGUUGCGCAGCCCAGACUGUCAAGAGGCUCUUUGAAGGGCGCGAGAUCUCGGCUGUUGUCUCGGCUGGCGGCUCGGGGGGCACCUCGCUUGCUGCACAGGUGAUGAGAGAAGUGCUUCCUAUAGGAUUUCCAAAGAUGAUCAUAUCGACGGUUGCAAGUGGGGAUACCGGCCCUAUCGUUGGCGAGACGGACAUCUCCAUGAUAUAUUCCGUGGUAGAUGUUGCAGGGCUCAACCAAGUUCUCCGAGACAUAUUCAGCAAUGCCGGAGCUGCGAUCGGAGCCAUGGCCCGCACCUACGAAACAAGGCGAAAGAGUGACAAUGAUGACGGGGAGAAGACAACCACCAGAGGAUCCGCCAAGCGUGUCGGGAUCACCAUGUUCGGCGUGACCACGCCAAGCGUGGAUGUGAUCCGCAACCAUCUGGAAGCCAAGUAUGGCGUUGAGGUCUACGUCUUCCACGCUACUGGCCACGGUGGCAAGGCAAUGGAGAGACUGGUCCGUCAGGGAAAGCUCGACGGCGUGCUGGACCUGACAACGACAGAAAUUUGCGAUCUCGUCACAGGGGGUGUCAUGAGCGCCGGCGAGAACCGGCUCGAGGCAGCGGUGGAGGCCGGCAUCCCUUACAUCGUCUCGGUCGGGGCUACCGACAUGAGCAAUUUUGGGCCCAGGAACACGGUCCCUGAGGCAUACAAGGACAGGCUUCUUUACGAGCAUAAUCCAACAGUCACACUCAUGCGCUCUUCGGAGGAAGAGUGCAGAAAAGUAGGCAGGUUCAUCACUGAGAAGCUGAGGACUGCCAGGAAGACCUCUUCUGUACAGGUUUGGCUGCCUCUUGGCGGCGUGAGCAUGAUAUCGACCGCUGGAGGACCCUUCGCCGACGAAGAGGCAGACGAGGCGCUCUUCUCAACUAUUCGGGAGGGGCUGCAGGGAUCGGGAAUCAAGGUUGUGGAGGACCAAAGGGAUAUCAACGAUGAAGGAUUCGCGAGGGAUAUUGCCGAGGCUUUGGCUCGAUUGAUGAGUCUUUGA